AUUCAUUUGAGCAAUAGAUGCCAUCUCCAAGCGUGGUAUGUUUAAUGAUGUUGUUUAACAUUCUAACCUACUCGAUUUCAAGCCCACCAACGAUAUACAUGUACUUACCUACCUCAUUUGUUAAAGCAUCGUACAACCUUGUAUUGUACCUCGGAACCACAUGAGAUACCCAUUUGAGGACUUGAGGACUUCUAAGGACCCUGAAAAAUGUCUGCGUGUCCCACAUAACGCCCGAAACUAGCGGAAUCUAGUACUCGGUUUUGUACAGUACCUUUGUACAUACUACUUAGGUACAUACCUAGGUAGUGGCUCAAGCCGCAAUCCAUCUUAUCAUCAUCCUUCGAUAAGAUAAGAUAAGAUUGGAUACUGAUAAUGGAACCUUACCUCAUUUCAAAAUGACGGAGUUUUGCGGAGUUGCGAUUAGAAAAUACAACAUUCGCGCGCAAUCUGAGAUUGGCAUAUUCAAAAUCCAAUUCCUCAUAAAUCUUCGGAAUAAAACGGUUCAAUAACGCGCCACGGUUUCUCCUCCGCAAUGUCUUCGAAAACUCCUAGCGCCUCUAGUCCUAAGCCACCUGGCGCAUCCGGCUGGUUAGCUAUACCAGCUCCCUUGGCUCGACUAUUCAAGAGAUUCCCUCUCUUAACCUAUCCUCCUAACGAGCUUCCUAUUCGCUCACCCAGGGCCAGGGAUAUUGCGACUCUUUAUGUCUUUAUUUCGGAUCAGGACGCUCUAAAUGGCUUACCAAGCUUCAACCCAUCUUGCCUCAAAUGGCAAACUUUUCUCAAGCUAGCCGGAGUCGGUUUCCGAGUAAUACCUUCGAAUAACCACGCUUCGCCCAGCGGCGCAUUGCCGUUCUUGAUUCCUCCGUCGAGUCCAAACAGUUUUGUCGCAUCUAGACCCAUUCCGUCUACCAAGCUGGAGCAGUACGCGACUGAACACGGUACGCGCAAGCUCUCCGAGAUAUCGAGCCUGAAACUCGAAGCCUAUGAGGCACUUCUCGACCACCGGAUACGGAAUGCGUGGCUCUAUUCUCUAUAUCUAUCCCGUCCAAAUUCCGCCCUGCUUUCGCGCCUCUACAUCACGCCGGUUUCUGCGUCGCACGUUGUGAAGACGACAAUCUUAUACCAGUUGCGCCACGCAGCAGAAGCAGAGAUAUCACGAUCUAUAGGCACGCUAGUUGUUAAUUCAGAAAGGCUGUACGACGGUGCGAGGGAAGCAUUUGAGGCCUUGUCGACGAUGCUCGGUUCAGGCGAUUGGUUCUUCGAGACGCCCGAGCCGAGUUUGUUCGACGCCGCAGUAUUCAGCUACACCCACCUCUCACUCGACCAGGGGCUGAAGUGGGAGGAUCGGAGACUUACCGAAAUCGUAGGGGAGUUCUCGAAUCUGGUCGAACACCGCAACAGAAUAUUACAGAGAUGUUGGGGCUAGGACUUAACUUGAACAAAGCAACCCACAGUGGUUAGGUGUAAUGAGGUGUACUGUAUGGUAUAUGUAAUCCUGUAAUAAGCCACUAUAUGUUGGACUGAUGCUUAUACGAAUUCACGAGAUGUGGAGAUAGACAAAUAAUAUACCCGCUCGGAGUCUUAGCACUGCACCUUGA